CUGAUUUGAUUCCCAGAUUACAAUCAAGAAUCUGCCUCCAGGUCCACCAAAGCUUCCUCUUAUAGGGAACUUGGAUCAGCUGGCAGGUUCAUUACCACACCGUGCCCACGGAGAACUAGCCAGGGAACAUGGACCAUUCAUGCACCUUCAGUUAGGUGAAGAUUCUGUUGUUAGUAGUGUCAUCAUCAAAAAUGGCCCAGGAGGUGUUGCACACACCUGAUCUGUCCUUUGCAGACAGGCCAAAACCUAUGGCCUCUCCAGUCAUCAGCUACUAUAAUGCUUUCCUCCUUAUGGAGAAUAGUAGAGACAGAUGAGGAAGGCUUGCAGGUUAAAGCCUCUAAAUCCCAACAGAACCCAGAUGAGGUUUCCUCCUCAGGCGGAUCACCAAUCUACUUAACUGGAAAGGUUUUCACCAUGGCAAGUUGUGUCCUUUGUAAAGCAGCAUUUGCCAACAAAUGCACAGACCAAGAUUUGUUCAUUUCAUUAGCCAGGGAAGCUCUAGCAGCAACUGGUGGUUUUGAUCUGUCUGAUUUGUUUCCUGCUCUAGAAUUUCUUCAUGUGACUUCUGGGGCAAAAGCUAGAAUAGCAAAGAUUCACAGGAUGAUUGAUAGGGUUGCAGGCACAAGCAAAGGGAUGAAAGAAGAUCUUGUUGAUGUUCUUCGGAGGCUUCAAGGCAGUGGCAAAUUUGAGUUUCCUAUUACUGCCAACAAUGAUAUGUUUACAGCUGGAAUGGAUACGGCAGGAUAUGUUUACAGCUGGAGUGGAUACAGCAACAAUAGAUUGGGAUAUGUUGUGAUGGAGAAAGUGCAAACUGAGAUGAGAGAAGCCUUCAUAGGAAAGAAAGAUGUCCGAGAGGCAGAUAUUCAAGAGCUAACUUACCUGAACCCUUUUGAUUAUUUUGUUGGGGAUAACUUGGAGUACCUUCCAUUUGGAGCUGGAAGGAGGAUAGGCAUAGCUAAUCUGGAGCUUCCUCUUGCACAUUUACCCUACCACUUCUACUAGGGAGCUCCGGAUGGGAUCGAACCAGAAGAUCUUGACAUGUCUGAGACUUUUGGAGCCAAUGUGAGAAGGAAGAAUGUCCUAUAUCUUUCUGAUUCCCACUCUAGCUGAUAAGAACUAAAAAUAAAGACCCAUUUUAGAC